AUGAAGCUCCAGUCUUUAGACAGUUACCGACUGGCGAUCUUUUUCCUCUCACUCGCUUAUACAGUUUCAUGCCAAGCCGGAUCAAUAGGCCUUGAUUUAAAUCGUUCGCCACCAAGGUCUCCAGAAGAAGAAAUUUCGAACAAGAACCCCUUGACGCAAGAUUCCGGUGCCUACCAUCGUACUGAAGAUGCAAAGCCACAAGAGGCAAAGGGGAAGAAUAAGCGACAGACACGCUAUGCUGCACUGAAAGAAUCCAAUCCAGACUCGAUCAGAAGGCAAAAUCGAAAGGGAUCCGAAAGAAGAAAGAAAAGAGUUGCCAAUAUGCCAAAAGAGGAAUUGCAGGAGUAUAUGAACGUCAAGCGUGAAAAAGAAAGAAUUCGCUAUCACGCACGAAAAAAAGAAGGUGGUGUUGCAAGUCAGCAUGCACGAAAGUUAAAGAUCAUUAGACAAAAGGUUAAGCAAAAUCAAGCAACACCAGAAGAGAUCUCAAUAAGAGAGAAACAUUUAAAACGAAAGCGCGAAUCUUUCCAAUUAAGCAAAGAACGAAAGAAAUUGAAGCAAGUGCCUAGAAGAAGCACAUCUCCACAAGAUCCCGAGUAG